ACUGGUGUGGAAAAGAUGGCUGCUUCGGCGGCAACGGCGAGUUCUUCCCCCGGUUUGUGUCCAAAUUACGCCGUGAUUUGCUCGUUCCUGGAGAGGUACGGAGCGUUGUUGGACUUACCGGAGCUCACCUUUCCUCAGCUGGAGAGAUAUCUGCAGGACACAUCCUCAGUUCCAAAGCUGCUGGUCGAUCUUCAUGUCAAGUUGCUGAGGAAGAUUGGCAAGUCGGUGUCAGCAGACAGAUGGGAGAAAUAUCUUGUGAAGAUAUGUCAAGAGUUCAACACAACAUGGGCAUGGGAACUCGAACAGAAAGGAUACAAGGAGCUGCAGAUGGAGUGCAAGACGGGGAUACUUAAAUAUUUGUGCGAGUGUCAAUUUGAUGAAAAUGUGAAGUUCAAAACUGCAAUCAAUGAGGAGGACCCAGAUAAGAUGCGUCUGCAGCCAAUCGGCCGGGACAAAGACGGUCAGAUGUACUGGUUUCAACUGGACCAGGACGACAAUGUUCGCCUUUAUGUUGAGGAACAGGACGACUUGGACGGCUCGUCAUGGAAGUGCAUCGUCAGAGAUAGAAACGACUUGGCUGAGGUUUUGGCUCUGCUGAAGACACAAAUUGACCCUGCACUGUUAAAAAAAGAAGAGGAAACAAAACCUGAUGGUGAAGAGAGUAAAGACAAAGCAGAAGAAGGUGAAGUUAAAAAGACUGAGGACACGUCUGAUGAAGAGAACAAAGACUCCAACAAGGCUGUCGGUCCAGUCUCACCAAAGACAGAGAAUGAUGAAAAAGAAGCUCAGAAAGAUGACUUGAAAACAGAAACUUCAGAGGCCAAAUCAUCUCUGAAUGGCAUCAUUGAAGGCAAAGCUGAAGCGGAGCUCAAUUCAGAAAAGCCUGCAGUGGAUCUCAACAUCAGUACAAAAACCCAGAGCAUCAAAGAAGAGCCAGUGGAUGUGCCGGACAAUAAAACAAGCACAGCAACAAUUGAACCCGCCUCCGAGGCACCAUGCUUAUCAUUAAAGGCAGAAAAGGGAGAGGAGGCCAAGAAGAACAGCGCAGAGGAGAUUCAACAAGCUCUGAAGAACGACCAGCAGGCCAAGAUCCCUUUGAAAAAAAGAGGAAUGAAGUUUAGUGAAGACUUUGAAAAAAAUAGCAGCAUCAUAGUGCAAAACCCGUCUGUUUCUCAGGUCAAGGACGCUCCUAAAGCUGACUCGACGCCUGAGCAGACUAAGAAAGUGCAAAGCAUAAAUGAUCAUGUUAAUGGUGAAGUUCAGCCUGUGUCAGAGAAAGGCCUCCAGAGUCACUUGUGCGAGUCACUAAAAGACACCGUUGUCGAUAAAGAGCGGACGGAUGAAGCAGAUGCAGGUAAAGCUGUAGAAAAGAAAGAAAAAGACUCUCCAUCCACAGACAAGGAGGAUACAAAGGAUAAAAAGGGUGAAGCUUGCAGUGCAGAGGUCUCAGAGAGAGUGACAUCACAACAAGCAGACCCUGCCAAGAAAAAUCUAGAUAAGAAUGUAGAAAAGGAAACAGUGUCAAAAGAGGAAGGACAUGAGCCUCCAAAAGAACCGCCGCCUCUACCUAAAGAUGUUAGUAAGGCAUGUGAGAAGUCGUCUAAUCAUGAAGUGCAUGAUAAAGUAAAAGGAUCAAAACCAGCAACCACAAAAGACUCUUGUACCGCAGAGAAGACGUUAAAGAAAAAUGGUGAGUCGGAAAAAGUCACAUUCAAAGAAGCUGAAUCAAAAGAUUCGGAGGGAAAACCAGCCUGUGUAGAUACGACAGAAACCAAGACGUCAGAAAAUGUAACAGAAAGGAAGCAAACAGAAAUGAGUGAUGCUAAGGAAACUAAAGCAGAGAAUUCAGAUAAAUCGGCCCCGAAAGAAAAGCCAGGAGUCAUCAGAACGUCUUUGUGUGCAGACAAAGAUCCUGCAAAAAAAUCUGUUGACUCUGAAAAGGCUGUAUCAUCAUCUGUCAUUAAAAAGACAGACAUACUAAAAGACAGUGAUGAUAAAGAGACCCGAGAAGCCACACGGAAUCCUGAAGUCAGUAAAAAGACCGACAAACUAGUUAUCAGUGAGAAAUCAGAAGGAACAUCCAACACUGAAGAGAGCACAGAGUCGUCAGUGAUUAAAAAGCUGGACAAAUCAUGUAAACCUGCAGAGAAUCAGGAUAACAUUAAAGAUUCAGAGAUGAAGCCAGUGGAAACCAGUGCAGCCUCUGAGACUGACACAGGAAAGACAGAGAGGACGGAGAAGACUGAAGAUGCAAAGAAAACUGCUAACUGCGAGGACAGUACGAUGCUUGAUGUUUCCAAGAUAAGCAACUCCAUGCCCGAGCCCAUGGAGGUAGAAGCAGUGGCUGUUAAACCUGAUCUGACAAAACCACAAGAGGAUGACAAAACUGAGAUUAACUCGGUUGCAAGUAAGACGAUGGAGGAAGCAUCUGAAGGGAAAGAUAAACCACCCAGUGCUGUUGAGAAGACAAAUGUCUCUAAAGAAACAGAUAAAAAAGCUGAAAGACCAGACACAGAACGGGAAAAGGUGUCAGAAGAAAAGCCUAAAAGAAUUGAAGCAGAGCAUCCGUCAUCACAAAGUAAAAAGGAUGCCGAGAAGGAGACUAAAAAGGAUGCAGACAAGGAGACUAAAGAGGACACCGAGAACGAAAAUAAAAUGGACACAGGCAAGGUAACUAAAAAGGAUGCAAACACAGAAACUAAAAAGAACACAGACAAGGAAAGUAAAAAGGACACAAACACAGAAACUAAAAAGGACACAGACAAGGAAAGUAAAAAGGACACAAACACGGAAACUAAAAAGGACACGGACAAGGUAACUAAAAAGGACACAAACACAGAGACUAAAAAGGACACGGACAAGGUAACUAAAAAGGACACAAACACAGAGACUAAAAAGGACACGGACAAGACAACUAAGAAGGACACAAACACAGAAACUAAAAAGGACACUGACAAGGAUGAACCUAAAAAUGACAGUGAGAAAUCCUUGUGUCAAGACAAAGAAAAUAAAGAAGAUUCCACAAAAGAGAAACCCUCAAAAACUGCGGAGAAACAUGCUAAUAAAGAAAGCGAACCCUCAACCAAAAUGGACGAAUCUGGUCACCAGAAUGUGAGCAAAGAAACCGACAGCAAAUCCUCAACUGAAGCAGAGAAAGAGGACCACCCAAGCAAAGAGCCAGAUACUGAAAAGCCCGCUGAUGAGGAAAAUAAAAGCAAAAGUGAAGACGAGGAUUCUGCAUCAAAAAAAGAGGUGGCGAACGGCGAGGAAGCUCCAAGGUCCAAGGUUUCCCACAGGAAAAAACUCAGGGCCCCAGUCCACCGAAGGAAAGCUGAGCUCAUGAGAGAGGAGAGACAAGCAGAUUCUGAGUCCGAUUCGAACACAGGGAGAUCUCUUCGAAGAUCACCGAGGAUCUCCAGGCCAACACCAAAGGUGGUGGAGAUCCACGACAGGAAGCUGGAGAAGUCGCAGGCUGCUCCACCGCCUGAGAAGGGCAAGGAAGGCGAGGGGGAGAAAGAAAAAGACGAGGAUGAGGAGGAGGAGGACGAGGAGGUGAAAGCUGUUCAAAAGAAACCAAGAGAGAAGAAGGCUGAUCAGGAGGGCCAGCCUAAACCUAAGGGGAGAAAGAGACGGAGGGUUCGGUGGUCCAACACACGAACGCGCCGUAAAAAGAAAGGCUCAGAAGAUGACGACGACAACAGCGACGAGGAGUCCAGCGAUGACGACGACAGCGAGGAAGAGGACGACAGUGACGAAGACUACAAGGUUGAGCGAAGCAGAAAGAGGCGGAAUCGUAACCGAGAAAGGCGAAGCUCGGACUCCUCGACAUCCUCAGACGACGACCUACCUCCUAAUGACGACCCCUGCAAACAUUGUGGUCUUCCAAAUCACCCUGAGCUGAUCUUGCUGUGUGAUUCAUGUGACAGCGGGUACCACACAGCCUGUCUGAGGCCUCCCCUCAUGAUCAUCCCCGAUGGAGAAUGGUUCUGUCCACCCUGUCAACAUAAGCUGCUCUGUGACAAAUUAGAGGAACAGCUCCAAAAUCUCGACGCUGCUUUGAAAAAGAAGGAACGGGCCGUGAGAAGGAAAGAGCGUCUGAUUUAUGUUGGAAUCAGUGUUGAAAACAUCAUCGAACCCUCGGUGGAGGUAGAGGAAGAGAAGCCAGAGAUCAUCAUCAAAGAGAAGAAAGACACAAAGAGAAGUAAGAGCUGGGGUCGAAGGUCAACGAGGGCGAAGAAAUCCAUCAGCUACAGAUUUGAUGAAUUCGAUGAGGCGAUCGAGGAGGCAAUUGAGGAAGACAUCAAAGAAGCAGAGGGCGGAGGAGCUGGUCGGGGUAAAGACAUGGCCAACAUCACAGGCCACAGAGGAAAGGAUAUGUCAGCCAUCCUUCAAGCAGAGGAGGGCAAGGAGAACGGCCGUCCGCCACGACCCCCUGCCGGUCAGCGCAGGAAAAAACGCCGGCGACUCAAUGACCUGGACAGCGACAGCACCGUGGACGAGGAGGAAAGUGAGGAAGAGUUUCGCCUCAGUGAAAGCUCGGAAGAGGAGUUUGUCGUGUCAGAAAAUGACACGGAGGUUGAGUCGGAGGCGGACUCUAACAACAGUGACUUUGGCAGCAACAGCAGUGGAAGGCAUCGUACUAAAUCACGGUACAGGAAGCUGCCGACACGACGACGGAGCUCCAGAAAGAGGCGGAGACCGAGAGGGUACUCGGAUGAUGAGGAAGAUGAGACAGAUGAGGAAGAUGAUGAAGAUGAAAUAGUGACUGAAGGCUCCAGCGAGUACAGUGACAGUGAUCUGGAUAUGAGUCGACGGCGGUCUCGGCGGAGUCAGAAGAAGCAGGUGAACUACUGCGAGACGUCUGAGUCCGAAGGCUCUCAGGCAGAAACCAACCGAGCCAAAAUGAAACCCAGACGUCAGCAGGACAGUUCAGACACCGACGCGAGUUUCUCCAGAGACUCUGAGGAGGAGUCGAGGGAUCGGAGGGUGAAGAGAAGAGCUGACUCCUCAGAGGAAGAUUCCCGGCAGCGGCGCAGACGUCUCGCACUAAAACGCAGGAGAGCCUCUGAAGAAGACGACUCGGACGACGACUCCGACGAAUCGUCCGAGGAGGAUCGCCCCGUCCGUAAACGUGUGAACCGCAUAGACUCGGAUGACGACGAAGAUGAGGAGGAGGAGAAACCGAAGGAGAAGAAAGCAGCUGAAAAAACAGAUGAGGAGUCAAAGGGAACAAACCCAGUGGACUGCAAUCAGGUGGAGCUGCCACCCACCAACGGACAGAGCCCAAUAAAGAGCCUCGAAGGCCUCGUUGGUCGGCCCGCUGCCGCUGCUCCAGGCCUCACCCCACAUCUGGAGCCACCCAAAAACAUCAGUGCUACACCAGCCGCUGCCAUAGCACCGAACGGACUGGUUGGCCAGGAGAUGGCGGCGCAGGACGAAGACGAAGACGACCUGUUAGGAGUCACAGACCUAGUGGACUACGUCUGCAAUAACGAAGAUUUGUAAAAAAAAAAAAAAAAAAAAAAGGUGUACUGUUUCAUUUUUUUGUGGUAUUGUAUUUUUAUAUUGCUUAACUUUAUUAUUCCCUCCCCACCAACACUUCCUUGUUGUCCUUUUUACUUGUGUCAUUUGGACCUCGAGUCUCAGCAGUCUUUGCUACAAUACGAACUGAAUCCCCGUCACCAGUCUGAUGCUGUCCCUGUGGGAUUAUACGACAAACAAGGGCACCAAACCAUCAAUACUCAUUUGUCUGGUAUCAAUCAGCUCACCUGCAUCAUCCAGCUCCACUGCCAAACCACCUCCAUCCUCUAAAAACGUCUCACUCAUUUCACCUCUCAAGUUGUCCUGUUUUUUUAUUUUGCUACUUCCAAGAUUUCUGCAAAUUUUAGCUCCUGAUGGGAAAAUAAGCACUGAAAUUGAUGUGUAGGAAAUAGCUGUGUAUUUGACUGCUAAAAGACUGGGACAUUUAACAUUUUGUAAGAGUAAAAUAAGUCAUUCCAUAAGUGAUAUGAAGUUCUGGACAUCUGUUAAAAAUGAUCUUGGUUUUAGAUUUUAUCUCUUAAAGGAACAGUUUUUACAUUUUGGAGAAUAUGCGAUUUUUAUUUGCUUUCAGGCAGAUUUAAAUGAGGUUAUUGAUUCCACUUAGAUGUUUGUAUGGUAAAUAUGAUGCAAGUUAGCUUAGCUUGGCCCAAAGACUGAUUUAUUUUGGUAAGCUCUCUAUGUUUCUGUACUGAUCAGGAUCCCCAUCAGUUGUUACCACAGUAACAACUACUCUUUCCAGGGUCCAUAAGCUACAGGGGAUCCUUUUUCUACUGGUCAAUCAGAGACAGGCCGCUUGUCUGUCUGACUUGCUGUGCUGCCAUUCUGUGGACACCCAUUUCUGCCAGUGUGGUGAAACAAAAAAACAUCCUGUAGGUCAUUUAAAUGAAAAACUUUAUCAAGAUACUGACUUAGUAUCUCAACAAUAAUGACUUUUUUGUUUCUCACAAUAGACUCAGUUUCUCCAGUUAAUGAGAAAUGACCCCACUAACCCAUUAUUUUGAUAAAGUUUCUCAUUAUACUGAGUCACAGUGUCUUUUUUUCCAUUAAACCGGCUGAAAUGGGCCCCUAUACAAAAUCAAUCAUGAUUGGGCUGCAUUUAAAGUCUUUUUUUUUUUUUCUCGUCUUUACCAUGUGUGCCAACAGCUGCUAGCUAGAGCCGUAUAUUUAACCAACACAUAUGCACUGAGACAUGAGAGUGAUGUCAAACACCACAUCUGACUCUCCUGAAAGCAAAUAAGUGUAUUUCUCAAAGUGUUGAACUUUUGCUUUAAAUUACUCUGGCCUUUUUACAUAUAUAUAAUUUGUGAAAGCUUCAGAUGAGAGUAUUUAUUCUUGCUGAACAACCUUCUUAACUAAUUACUAAUCGACCAACCUUCAUUUGUCUGCCCACUCCUUGAACUUUUUGUUAAAUGAUAGAGUAGCUUUUGUAUAUUAUAUACAUAUAUAAUUAUUUUAACUAUGUGCGCUGCCAUUAAGUAUCAGUGGUGAACCCCCAGUUGUUGUUUUUUUUUGGGUACUGUGUUUGUUUGGGGAAACAAAAUCAGAAGUAAAACUCGUCCCUCCUAAUCAUGAGAUGUAGUCUAGUUUCCUGUUAUUACAUCUGUUACUUUUUUGUGAUUUUGUUUUUUAAUAAUGUUUUUUUUUUUUUUUUGUAUAUCUA